AUGUUCGAAGCUCGACUUUUACACGGUUCAAUCUUUGCUAAAGUUAUUGAAGGUCUUCGGGAACUAGUCAAUGAAGCAACGUGGGAAUGCAGCGGCAAUGGUAUAACUCUACAAGCCAUGGAUAGUUCUCACGUGGCAUUAGUUUCACUCGUAAUGCGAAGUGAAGGCUUUGAAUCAUAUCGAUGCGAUCGAAAUAUGAGUCUUGGUAUCAGUCUUGUCAGUAUGUCAAAAGUAUUGAAAACGAUGGGUAAAGAUGAUUCGUUAACCAUCCGUGUGAACGAUGACUCGGAUUCGAUUAUUAUCGCAAUGGAAUCACAAAAUCAAGAUAAAUUCGCCGAUUACGAGUUACGUUUGAUGGAUUUGGAUAGUGAACAUUUAGGUAUUCCAGAUACAGACUAUUCAUGCGCAAUUAAGAUGCCCAGCAGUGAAUUUUCUCGUAUCUGUCGAGAUAUGAGCAUUAUGGGCGACUCGGUUCUUAUAUGCACAACGAAAGAAGGUGUGAAAUUCUCCGCCAAAGGUGAUCUUGGUCAAGGAAGUAUUCGUCUUGUUCAAACGACCAACAUUGAAAAGGAAGAAGAAGCAGUUAUUAUUGAAAUGAAAGAAGCGGUUGCAUUAACAUUUGCUGUACGAUACUUGAGCAUGUUUUGUAAAGCUGCACCACUUUCACCUCAAGUUGGUUUGAGUCUUUCCGAAGAUACACCAUUAAUGUGCGAAUUCAAGAUCGCCGAAAUGGGCCAUAUUAAUUACAAUGAGCGAUACUCAGGGGUUACGACAGCUGACAAGCCCAUCAAAGUUAAUAAAUGGGAAACGAACGCAGUUAAAAAUGCACUUGACGACGCUUGCAAGAAAUAUUUCAAAGAGACAUUGAAUUUCUCUGAAGACUACAAAUUAAUGGAUGGCCGUCUCUAUAUCUCGUUUAUUGCGUGUCUAUUUUCGGGCUAUGCUUUGAUUUACGAUUGGUUAAAUCCAUUUCCCAAAUCACGUGCAAUACUCAUUCUUUGCGUCAUAGCCUACUUUAUUUUAAUGGGCAUUCUGACAUUCUACAUGCAAUUCAUCGAGCACGGUAAAUUCUACACUGGUAAACUCGUCGAUCGCGCUGGUGUUGAUCCUGUCUCUCGCUGUACGGUUUCAUCGAAAUUGAAAAAAUAUGAUGAUAAAUAUCAGUUAACUUUGGACUACAAUGAUGGGACAGAUAAGACGACAAAAUCACUAAAAAAAUCGAUUGGAAAUUAUUUCGAUGAGAAUGGUGUUCUGUGUUAUGAUCGUUUUACCGCUGACAUACGAAAAAUGUAUGACGAAGCACGAUUGAACGCGCGAAAAGCGAAAUAA